AUGAACGACCCGUACAAUAACAGCGUGGACGACGGGUGCGAUGCUUUUCGAGGCAAUCGGGCGCCCCCACCCAUAAUGGCAGGGCCAGGAUCGCCCAUGCCACCGUAUUCGCUGCCACUGCUGGCGCAGCAAUCACAACACAGUACGCCCACCCCGUCCCAGCAGCAACAGCAGCAGCAGCAGCAGCAUCAACAACUGAGUGUCGUCACUUCGCCAACGUCUGAUACUGGCUCUUCCUCCAGUCAAAAACCCUCUAGAAGACUGUGGACACCGAUGGAAGAUCUGGUGCUGCUGACCCUGGUUCUCACCCACAAACAUGCGCUGCCCGUAGCUUCCAACGCACGACGUUUUUGGGAGUUUGUCAGUCAACAGCUUCUUCAAGAGCAUUCCCUGCACAGGAACACCCGUCAAUGUCGGGACCGCUUCAAUCUGCUGCACGCCCGCGGUGUGAGAAAUGCUACCUGUAAUGUUGAGCCCAGCUCCCAUCGAGACGCACUAACCUUGAAGAUCGCACAAGUAUUCGACUCAACAGACAGAGGCCAUUACAGACUCAGUCGUGAGUAUAUUGAGCAACUCAACUCAAAUUCGCCCCAGACCCUAAGCUACGACGGCAGCGAUCAGCAGUUCCAUGCUGAAAGCCAGUUAAGUCAUGUUAACGCAUACCCAACAGUGACGGGGCCCGGAGCUUCUGUGCCUAUGGCUAUUCCCCACGCGAUGCCACACGAAAAUGAUAAACACAGCGCACCCACAUCAGAAUUGAUCCACAUCUCAAAUUCAAUCACAUCUUUGGUAUCUUCUUCCCAAAGGCUAGCCACGGACUUUCAAGACUUGUCGGAAAGGUUCGCACACUUGACAAACCAAGUCAGGUAUAUCCAAAUGCGGUUGGAUAAGUAUCAAGGAACAUACCAGAACGAUGUCCCGGUACGAGAACCCUCGCAUGAACAGUUCAUUCCCGGGGGCGACUUUAUCGGGCCGGCGAAGAGGCAAGAUCAAUGA